AAGAAAAGCAGGCAAGAGUUGGAACCGGAGUUGGUUUUACUACAAAAGCAACAACUAAAGAACUUGAAAACAUGCUACUCACCUUGGGACUGCUCAUCUCCUUCUUUUCUUUCCUGUAUAUGAUAGCUCCAUCCAUCAGUCAAGUAGUUGUGCUGGGUUAGCACUCCUGAGGAUUCAUUGUGAAGUACCAAGCAUUUAGGGAAGGAAACAACCUGUCAACUAUUCUUUUGAGAUGACACUUGGACUGUGGGAUUUCUGGAGUGGUCAGAAAAAAAAAAAAAAAGUGUGUCCAGAGUGAAACAUUUGACAACCAAUGAUCUGAAGACGUUUGAAUGGAUAUGUUGGGGAUAGAGUGUUGUUUCAGAUUAUGGAAGUUCUUUGCUGGUGGCAUUUGUAGAACAAGCGUGCAGCUUCCAGGGAAGGUAGUGGUGGUCACUGGUGCCAACACCGGCAUCGGCAAGGAGACGGCCAGAGAGCUCGCUCGCAGAGGAGCUCGGGUCUACAUUGCCUGUCGAGAUGUACUGAAGGGGGAGUCUGCUGCCAGUGAAAUCCGAGCUGAUACCAAGAACUCACAGGUGCUGGUGAGGAAACUGGACCUGUCUGAUACCAAAUCCAUCCGAGCCUUUGCUGAGGGCUUUCUGGCAGAGGAGAAACAGCUUCAUCUUCUGAUCAACAAUGCAGGAGUCAUGAUGUGCCCAUACUCCAAAACAACUGAUGGUUUUGAAACCCACAUAGGAGUCAACCACCUGGGCCACUUCCUUCUCACCUACUUGCUCCUGGAGCGGCUGAAGGAGUCUGCUCCUGCACGGGUGGUGAACCUGUCCUCCGUGGCACACAUUAUUGGCAAGAUUAACUUCCGAGACCUCCAGAGUGAGAAGAGCUACUACUCAUUUCUUGCUUAUGGCCAGAGCAAACUGGCCAAUGUGCUUUUCACUCGUCAGUUGGCCAAGAGACUCCAAGGCACGGGUGUGACCACCUACUCAGUGCACCCAGGCAUCGUCAGCUCUGAGCUGGUCCGGCACUCCUUCAUUCUUUGUCUGCUCUGGAGGCUCUUCUCCCUCUUCCUCAAGUCAGCACAAGAGGGAACCCAGACCACCCUGCACUGUGCCCUGGCUGAGGACCUGGAACCCCAGAGUGGCAAGUACUUCAGUGACUGCAAGAAGAGCUGGGUGUGCCCAAGAGCCCGGAACAACAAAACAGCUGAGCGCCUAUGGACUGUCAGCUGUGACCUUCUAGGAAUCCACUGGUAGUAGAGCUGGUGGAAGAGUUACAGCUUUAUCAGACCCAGUCCAUGCCAUGAUGACAGGAGACCAAGGAGAAGGCAUGAACGGUUAUUUUCCUGACUGGUUGCUAUUGUGAAUCCUGCCCUGCUCUGAUUUCCUUGGCCCUUCUAGAAGCCCUCAUAUACCCAACCCUCUUGUGAGGUGGCACAAGAGCGUCACAACUGUAGAUGUUCACACCUUUUUCAAGACCUGCAGUGUUGACCACUUUCUUGGGGGUAGGAGAGUAGGGCAGUUCCCAGGUUGGGCACAGGGGUAGCUGAAGAGUCUUAGAAACAUGAUUAGUGUCUUCACCAAAUAGCUAUAAAUGCCAGCAUGCUCAGCUGAGCUGACAGGAAUAUCAGUGUUACAUAUUUCCAGAGAUCAUAUAUUCAACCUUUUGACUUAUAUCUUUCCUCUUUGAAAUACUAGUCACAAUUCUAGAGUCUGGACCACCUUGGGAUAAUCUUGGCUAACCUUGACCAACUUUGGUUCCUUCCUCUGAGCACACAGGAAGCAUUCUUUAAAACUGGAUCUUUGACUUUUAUUUUUUCUAGUUCUUUCACUUUUUCCCCAGAUUUAUUGAGAUAUAAUUAAUUUUUAUUAUUGUGUAAGGUUGGAUUUUCCCAAUUUCAAUCUUGUAGAUGGUUUACUUUUUCUAGUGUUUUCUUUGCUUAAAUUUUUAAUGGAAGGCAAUAAAGACUGUGUAUUCAUCAAA